AUGAUAAAUGAGCAUUCAGGGCUUUAUAAUUUUGCAUACGAAGACUUGGAAAAGCGUAGGAGGGGAAUUUAUUUGAGAGGAAAAAAGAAAUUUCCUGGGUCGUCACAAAUUUCGCCGAUAAAAAAUUUAUUUUUGGAGAGUGAUGUGAAGUGAAAAAAAGAAGAGAAAAUUGGUGAUAAAGAAGGAAGGGUAGAAUCUUUAUCGAAAUCAAGCUCAUUGCCUAUGCUGAAACAUUUUAUACCUUGCAUGAAAUAGCGUGCUAGAUUAUAAUGUAUUUUAUGUUUUAGAUAAUUUAUCCAAAAUGAAUAUAAAAAAGUUAAAAUAUCAAGUGCCAGAUGUGAUCAUAUUCUGCAUGGAUGUAAGCCAUUAGAAAGAACUUUUCGCAAUCCGAUACUAUCUUGCACACAAAAUGCUAGCAAUUCUAUAUCCCUAAAAGGAAAUCUCAAAAACCCAAUCGAAAAAUGCUCAUCACAAGCUUCAUCACCAAUCCCUAAAAUUCUUCCAAAGUUAUACACCCUGAAUCAAAUAGACCUUCCAAUACUUGAUAAAAUCAAAGGCAUAAAAUAUUUUAAAGACCAUUUGUAA